AUGGAGGAUGAAUGCAGGGCAGACGAAGGGAUAUCCAUGACACCUAAAUCUCCUACCCUUCAAGAAGCUUUGCCGGCACCGAAAUGCAUGCAAGAUGGAUCCACUGCAGUGGCUGAAGAAGUGGAAGCUGUGAACCUGAGUGAUGACCCUGCAGUACAAAAGCCCAUACUCAUCAGUAAGAACCUGUCACCCCAAGAAAGAGAGCAUCUAGUGGCAUUACUCAAAGAAUUUAAAGAUGUAUUUGCUUGGGAUUAUGAGGAGAUGCUUGGUUUGGAUCCAAACCUUGUAUGUCAUACGUUGAAUGUGAAACCAGGAACUAAACCAGUGGUGCAAGCAAGGAGAAAUUACCAUCUAAACGAUGAGGUACAAAUCAAGCGAGAGAUCGAGAAGCUCCUAGCUUGUGGUUUUAUCAAGCCCAUCAAGCACCCCACGUGGCUUGCGAAUGUUGUUCCAGUGAAAAAGAAAAAUGGUCAGGUCAGAAUCUGUAUCGAUUACAGAGAUCUGAACAGAGCUUGCCCAAAAGAUGAAUUUCCAUUGCCAAACAUGGACAUGCUCAUCGACUCAACUUCAGGUCAAGGCAUGCUAUCCUUUAUGGACGGCUUUAGCGGUUAUAACCAGAUCAAGAUGGCCACUAGAGAUGCCGAGAAGACUGCUUUCCGUACCCCUUAUGGAAAUUUCCAUUAUACUGUCAUGCCGUUCGGUCUAAAGAAUGCCGGCGCAACCUAUCAACGAGCCAUGACCGCUGUUUUCCACGACAUGAUGGGGAAGGAAGUCGAAGAUUAUGUUGAUGAUCUAGUGGUGAAGUCCAAGACAAGAGAGGAACACUGGGGUAUAUUAAGAAAAGUGCUAAAGAGGUGCAGGCUAUACAGUAUCAAGAUGAGCCCUAGGAAGUGUUCAUUUAGAGUGUCAAUCGGGAAAUUUCUUGGCUUUGUGGUGCAUAGCAGAGGAGUAGAUGUUGAUCCAGACAAAGCAAAAACCAUAGCCUCCACUCCACCGCCAUCAAACCAGAAAGAAUUAAAAAGAUUUUUGGGCAGGCUAUCAUACAUCAGACGCUUCAUUCCAGGCCUAGCUGCGAUGAUAAAAGUCUUCACUCCUCUCCUCAAGAAAGGGAUCAAAUUUGUAUGGAGUGAAGAAUGCAAAAAGGCUUACAAGAAGGUGCAAGAACUCGUCACCAAGCUGCCAACUAUGAAGGCGCCAAUCCCUGGUGUCCCUCUCAAGCUGUACCUAGCUGCAACUGACACUGCAGUGGGGGCUUUACUUGCCCAAGAUGAUGAAAAUGGAGAAGAAUGCGCCGUGUACUAUGUGAGUCGCUUGUUGGGAGAAGCUGAAGCACGCUAUCCUAAGACCGAGAGGAUCUGCCUUGCGCUUAUCUACGCAGCGCAAAGAUUGCGCCACUACUUCCUGGCUCACAAGCUCCACCUCAUGGUGAAGACUGAUCCAGUAAGGUACCUGCUCACAAGACCAAUCUUAUCUGGCCGAUUGGCUAGGUGGCUGCUGCAGCUGGCAGAGUUUGAUAUUGAGUGCGUAAUGCCCCGCGCCAUUAAAGGGCAAGCAGUAGUCGACAUGCUUGCUUUAUUCCCUGGAACUGAAGAAAUUCCACUCAUGCAAGACAUUCCUGGGGAGUUACCAGAGAUGGUAGGAAUGCUCACCGAUGAAGAAGCAAAUGACCAUCAACCUUGGACUCUCUUCUUUGAUGGGUCGGCCACGAGUAAUGGAGGUGGAGCUGGAGUCGUGUUAAUAGACCCCACAGGCAACACCAAAGCUUUGUCAUUCAAGUUAAGUUUUCCAUGCACCAAUAAUGUUGCUGAAUAUGAAGCUUUUAUUAUUGGCAUGUCUACCGCAGUGGAAAUGGGUGUAAGGAAUAUCAAUAUCAUUGGAGAUUCAAACCUGGUUAUUAGCCAGAUGAGAGGCGACUUCGCAGUAAAAAAGGCAGCCCUGGCACCAUACAGGACCUUAGCCCAGAAAUUGAUCAGAAUGUUUGAUCAGGCGACUCUGGAACACAUACCCGGAUCCACUAAUAGGUAUGCAGAUGCUUUGGCCACUCUCGGGUCCAAGCUGUCAUUCACAAAAGAACAGCCAAAUGUCAAGGUUACCCAGAAAAGCAAACCAUCCAUAGAAGCAUUGGCUCUUUCAGAACUACCCGAAGAGGAUGACUGGCGAAAACCCAUUAAAAGCAGCCUAAUGUGCCGAAGCAAGAGACACAAUUUGAAAAAUAUGAAGGAGUAUGUGAUCCUUCAUGAGGAGUUGUACAAACGACUCUCAAGCGGUGUUCUAGCCAGAUGCAUUUGUGAAAAAGAAGCCAAGCAAAGAUUGAGCGAAGUACACGAAGCUGCCUGUGGAUUAGAGCAAGUAGUCAGUCUAUACAGGCGGCUAGAACGAAAAGGGUAUUAUUGGCCGAAGAUGAAAGAGCAAGCUUCUGAAAUACAGGCUGCAUGCUCUAGAUGUUCUAUGUUACCCUCAGAGGGGGAGGUCCUUACGGUAACAGCGGCGGGCGAUUGGAGAACCCCGUAUUUAGAGUUCCUGCUUGACAAAGUCCUUCCGGUGGAUGCAAACCUUAAAUACAAAUUGAAGAGGACAUCGAAGAGAUACUUCAUGGAUGGGAGAGUGCUUUACAGAAGAAGAUUCAACGGAAAACCACUGCGAUGUCUUGGAGCUGCAGAAUCACAACAAGUCUUAGAGGAAAUGCAUGCAGGAGAAUGCGGUGAACAUCAAGGGAGAAGAAAGCUUUACCGCCAGUUGUUGAGUCUUGGCUAUUAUUGGCCAACAAUGCAAAAAGAUUCCCACCUAAAGGUGAAGAAAUGCCAUACAUGCCAGGCACACGCCAAUCAAAUUCACAAGCCAUCAACCAUUCUUCAAGACAUGCGAACACCUUGGCCCUUCCACACUUGGGGGCUCGACUUUGUAGGGAAAAUCAAUCCAGCAUCCAAUGGAUGUGUUUGGAUCAUCACAGCAACAGAAUCAUUUACAAAGUGGGUCGAAGCCGUCCCUCUUCGCAAGGCCAUAGGAGCUGCGGUGUGUAACUUCAUAAGGGAAUACAUUGUUUGCAGGCAUGGGAUCCCCUACAAGAUUGUCACAGACAAUGGAACCCCUUUUGUGAACCAAGAAGUCAGCAAAAUGCUCAAAGGAUAUGGGAUCAAGCAUCGUAAGUCCACUCCUUACUACCCCCAGGGAAACGGAUAG